UGAUUUGAACACAGCCCUGCAUUUGACGUUACGAAGCUUUCUCUAUCGAAUGGUGCCCUCUCACUCUUUCUCUAUUUCCGUGGUUCUUGUUGCAAUCUGUCACAAAAAUGACCAAGAAGAGGCGUAACGGAGGACGUUGCAAGCACAACCGUGGCCAUGUCAAGGCCGUGCGUUGCACCAACUGUGCCCGAUGCGUCCCAAAGGACAAGGCGAUCAAGAAGUUCGUGAUCCGUAACAUCGUCGAGGCUGCCGCCGUUCGGGAUAUUUCCGAUGCGUCCGUCUACAACUCCUAUGUGCUACCUAAGCUCUACGCAAAGUUGCACUACUGCGUAUCCUGCGCUAUCCACUCGAAGGUGGUCCGCAAUCGUAGCAAGGAGGCCCGACGAAUCCGUACACCUCCGCAGCGAGCAUUCCCCAAGGACAUGAACCGCAACCAGAACGCUCAGCGCAAGUAAACCAACCACGACUGUCAUAAUAAGUCUGUUUUCGAAUCGAAGGGAGUGAGGAAUUACAGUAUCCUCGUUGCUGGUAGCCUGUGGCUAUACGAAAUCUAACCAGAAAACAGCAAUUGAUACACGAAUGGAAGGCGACAGGUCGUUAACUUAUAAGUUCGUUUAAGAGGAUGAUGAACACAACACAAAAAAAAACCCUGAAAAAUAAGAUAAAUUCGUCUUUAACAA